AGAGAGAGGGAGAGAGGGAGAGAGAGAGAGAGGCAGGAGAGAGAGAGAGAGAGAGAAAUGGCGCCUCGAUGCUGCGCUCACUGAGGCAGGGUUUGGAGCCGGUAAGAGAGAUUCAGUGAGGGCAGACUAAAGGAGAAACCAUGGUGAAUACGAGAAAAAGCUCACGACCGGGGACCGGUCCCUUUAUCUCCUCUCGGACUAGGUCUUCGUCGAGAACCGAGCGAAGCUCUGAAGAACAUAAGGAUCACAGUAGUGAUGUUAGUAGUCCCAGCAGCCCACGGUUGGCUCCCCCUUCCAAGCGGACACGACGACAGACCGCCUCUGAGCCCAGCUCCAGUGACACCUCCCCGUCCCCUCAGACUAAAGGCCAGAGGGUCAGCUGGGACAUCCCCACCUAUCGCACCAGGUUGUCCUCUCGCAUAAUGCAAAAUGGGCACGCUCAUAUGAGUCACCGGAAUGAUGAGAGCGGAGGGGGAGAUCACUCCCACAUGAACGGCCAUGUGGAACUGAAGAAGAGCUGCCGGGUGAAGAAGAGCCAAUUUGAACACCUCAAUCAGAGCCUGCUGUUUGACCAGCUGGUCAACAGCACUGCUGAGGCUGUCCUUCAGGAGAUGGACAACAUCAGCAGCAUCAGGCAAACGGAGGUGGAGCGUCUUCGCAUGUGGACAGGAGACACUGAGGAGGAAAACAUGGACAUGUAUUCUCGGGUGAAGCGUAGGAAAUCAAUGCGCAGGAGUACCUUCAGCAUGCCUGCACAUCAUAAAGCCAUGAGUAAAACUGAGCAGGAGGAGGAAGAAGAGGAAGGGACGGAAGAUUCUCAUGGUGACGAUGAAGAGGAAGAUGCAGAGGAUGAUGAUGAAGAUGAUGAAGGAGAUGAAGGAGAGGCAGGAGAGGAAAAUGACAGGCCAUACAACCUGAGGCAGAGAAAGACGGUGCAGAGAUAUGAAGCACCACCUAUCGAGCCUGUGAACAGAAAACAGAGCAACCCCUCACUGUUUGACACCCAUAGAUCCCCAGCAAGAAGAAGCCAUAUAAGAGUGAAGAAACAUGCCAUUCACAGCAGUGACACAACCUCGUCUUCUGAUGAGGAACGGUUUGAGCGGAGAAAAAGCAAGAGCAUGAGCCGGGCCAGGAACAGAUGUUUGCCAAUGAAUUUGACAGCAGAAGACUUGGCCAGUGGUGUGUUGCGUGAUCGGGUUAAAGUGGGCACCAGUCUAGCUGAUGUGGACCCCAUGAACCUUGACACCUCAGUGAAAUUUGAAAGUGUUGGUGGCCUCAGUAAUCACAUUCAGUCACUAAAGGAGAUGGUCGUGUUCCCACUGCUUUAUCCCGAGAUCUUUGAGAAGUUUAAGAUUCAACCUCCCAGAGGGUGUUUGUUCUAUGGCCCUCCGGGGACAGGAAAGACCCUGGUGGCUCGGGCGCUUGCUAAUGAGUGUAGCCACGGAGACAGGAAGGUUUCUUUCUUCAUGAGGAAAGGAGCAGACUGCCUCAGCAAGUGGGUCGGUGAAUCGGAACGGCAGCUACGCUUGCUAUUUGACCAGGCUUACCUGAUGAGGCCAUCUAUUAUUUUCUUUGAUGAGAUUGAUGGUUUGGCUCCUGUUCGCUCCAGCAGGCAAGACCAGAUACACAGUUCUAUUGUGUCAACCCUGCUCGCCUUGAUGGAUGGCUUGGACAGUCGUGGGGAGAUAGUGGUCAUUGGUGCUACAAACAGACUUGACUCUAUUGACCCUGCACUCAGGAGGCCCGGACGCUUUGACCGGGAGUUUCUGUUUAACCUGCCAGACAAGAAGGCCAGAAAGCACAUUCUGGAGAUUCACACACGGGACUGGAAUCCCAAAUUGGCUGAGCCAUUUGUAGAGGAACUUGCAGAAAAAUGUGUCGGCUACUGUGGUGCUGACAUCAAAGCACUUUGCACAGAGGCAGCCUUGGCGGCGCUGCGCCGCCGCUACCCCCAGAUCUACGGCAGCAGUGUCAAACUGAAGCUGGACAUCACCUCCAUUGUCCUGGGGCCCGGCGACUUCAGCAAGGCAAUGACGACAAUUGUCCCAGCCUCCCAGAGGGCCCUUGCUCCCCCGGGCAGAGCCCUGUCCCCUACCCUCAGGCCUCUGUUGGCAAGCUCUUUUUCUUUGGUGCUGAAAGCUCUGCUCCGAGUCUUCCCCCAUGGUCAGUGUACUGACAGGGACAACAAACAUGACGGUGACAAUCAACUGCUUGCAGAGGACUUGUACAGCGACGAUGACAAUGAGGAAGGCUCCCCUUCCAUCUAUGAAGUCCAGCCUGCUGCAUCCCCAAAGAGUCAGCUCUCCUCUUCUGCAACCCACAGACCCUUCCUCCAUUUCUCCAUCUCUGCCCUCCAACAGCCCACAGCAUACCGGCCUCGUCUGCUGCUGGCUGGGCCCCCAGGCUCGGGACAGAGCUCUCAUUUGGCCCCUGCUUUGCUGCACCACCUGGACAAGCUGCCAGUGCACCGCCUGGAUUUGCCCACCCUCUACUCCGUCAGCGCCAAGACGCCAGAGGAGUCCUGUGCUCAGGUUUUCCGUGAGGCUCGUCGGAGCGUGCCCAGUGUGGUAUUUAUGCCGCAUGUCUCCGAGUGGUGGGAGACAGUGAGUGACACUGUGAAAAGCACCUUCUUCACCUUGCUGCAGGAUGUCCCCUCGUUCAGCCCUGUCCUUAUCCUUGCCACAGCUGAGUCCCACUACUCACAGCUGUCAGACGAGGUGAGAAGUAUGUUCCAGAGGACUUACGGGGAAGUAGUGACGCUGUGCCCUCCUGAAGAAGAGGACAGGAGAACCUUUUUCUCUGACCUGCUUCUGGUCCAAGCUGCCAGGGCUCCACCUCGCCUCAAGAACACAGAGAGGGUUAAAGAGGCGCUGCCAGUUGCAGAGGCUCCAGGCCCCAGGGUCCUGUCAGCAGAGGAACAGCGCCGCCUUGCUGAACAGGAGGAGAACACACUACGUGAGCUCAGGCUCUUUCUCAGGGACGUGACCAAGCGCCUGGCCACCGACAAACGUUUUAACAUCUUCAGCAAACCAGUUGACAUUGAUGAGGUGUCAGACUAUCUGGAGGUUAUUCGGCAGCCCAUGGACCUGUCAACUGUCAUGACCAAGAUUGACACAAACAAGUACUUCACAGUGAAGGACUUUCUGGUGGAUAUCGACCUCAUCUGCAGUAAUGCUUUAGAGUACAACCCUGACAAGGAUCCUGGAGACAAGGUGAUCAGGCACAGAGCAUGCAGUUUAAAGGACACAGCUCAUGCUAUAUUUGCUUCCGAGCUGGACCCUGAAUUCGACCGCAUGUGUGAUGAGAUCAAAGAGGCGUACAAGAAGAGGGGCCUCGAGACGCCAGCUCAGGCGACGCCAGCUCCCACUGUUGCAACCAGGAAGCAUCACUUUGCAGGAGAGGAGCCAACCACGAGCAGCACUCAGGGCGAGGCCACUGAAAAACAGUGCACCACUAAUCAUAUCAAGCGGAAGGUUCGGCGGCGACCAUCUUGGGGGCGGGGCAUCAUUCGUAAAAAGAAGACCUACAAGAAAGGGACAGAAGAGGAGGAGGAGGAGGAAGACCCUGAGCCAGAGGUGGAGGCCACAGGGCCCAGUGACUCAUGCUUGACGCAGGAUGAGGAAUCAUCUUGCGAUACCAUGGGUCCCCAGCCCAACGGCCACCAUACCCACCUUCCCUCCACAGAGGAGGAGAGCUCCAACGAGCCUCCUGUUACAGCUCCCGCCGUUCCUCCAGAUGUUAGUGAAGCCACAGAAGAGCCAACAACCGAGGAGGAGAAGCCCACAGCCAAAGAGGUGGAGUCUGAGAAAACUGAGCAACGCACUGAGCUUCAUAGUCCAGGUGAUAGUUCUGAGCCCAUGGUGGACGGGGAUUGCCAGGCUAAGCUGGCUGGCAUCCAGCCUUCCACUGAUACGACCGAGUGUUCAGAUGCUGAGGCCGAGCCUAAGCACACAGAUGUUCUCCUGCAAUCACAUGUGGACUGUGUGAAUGGAAACGAUUCAAUGGACAGCCUGGACUCACAAAGCCUGGAUAAGAGCAGUGAAGCUGAGAAAGGGACUCCUCAAAGCAUGGCUGAGGGCUCUCAUAAUACAGAUCAGGAAGAGCACAAAGACAGAGAUGAGAGCAAACCAACUACUCAGGAGAACCCUCCCCAGGAUGGAGGAACAGUAACAGAAAAUAUUGAGGAAGAUCAAGAUAAUGAAGGAGGUUCCGACGCCAGGAAACGCAGUAGGAGCCUGUCAGAGCAGCUGAAGUGUUCUGCAGAGGGGACAGAGGAACAGCCACAACCACUCCCUCCCCAUCCUCCUGUAGUGGUCGAUCACCAGCGCCUUUCGGCUCUUCUGGAUACUGUGGUGAAGAAGAGCGACGGUUACAGCGUGGAGCAGCUAGAGAGACUCUACUCCCUCCUCAGCCAGUGUAUCUACCAGCACCGCAGAGAGUACGACAAAACCCAGCUACUGGAGGAGAUGGAGGAGAGAAUCCAACAUUUUGAUACAUUCCUGUGAGUCGGAGAGAAUACCUAUCAGGUUACACCCUGAACAGCCCGGGACCACAAAGAUAUACAAACUGAGUGGAGGAGAGUGAAGGAGCGUCUGAGUCCAGCCCUCAUCAAAUUAAAAACUAACAAAAAAAAAACAAUCAACCAGAAAAAUCCAGCACCCUCCUUUUGCUGGGAGGGAUCACGACAAAGGACAGGGUUGAGGACAGAGACAUUCAAUGGUGCUAUCGUCUCAGGAACCUGGCCAGAUCCAGACCCAUUUUACACAACCAAACUCCUAGAGGUGUGUCAGUCACACACACAAUGCACACACACACACCAAUGGUGACGGGCAACCCUGGUGCUAAUCAGGUGCUAUCCAAACUUUUUAUCCAUGCUGCUCUUUGGAUUACUUCUUAACUAGGAUGACUAGCAAAACCAACAGAUCGGGUGAUGUCAUAUCGCAGUUCUCUCAUAUGCACACACACACACACACACACACACACACACACGCCCGUUCACUUGGGUAUGCAUGUAUUUCUAUAGACACACACACACACACACACACACACACACACACACACACACACUCACUUAGAUCCUCACCAGCAGAUUUUGCGAAUGCAGAGUGUUGCCAGGAGAUGAGGACAGUUAAUGUUCUGAAUCACUGAACUACAUCGUUGAGCCAGUCGCGCUCUUGAGUGGAACGCUUCAUCACAGGCCAGUCCUCGCAUCAUUAUCAUUCGGCUUGCUUUUUUUCUGCCAUUUUAGCUACUCGAUUAAUUCAAUAUCUGAGCCACCGUCAAGGAUACUCACCCAGAAUGAUAGUUUACAAAGUUUUACAGCGACUCGUCGAGGUUAGCACAGCAGGACUAGAACCCAUAAUGUCCUCUUUAUCAGGUGUGGAAAUCUGUAAGCCCCCUCUGUGAAUGAUGGAACAAGCGUCUCCUGCAGAUCACUCCACGCAGACCACCUCUGGCGUUCACAGUCUUUGCAGAUUGUCCCGUUCUUAAUAGUCUGUGGUAGCUGACCCCCCCCCCACACACACACACACACCCCUCUCUCUCCACACUACAUUCUCAGUCUGAAUGUUUCCCCUCCUGUCAAGCUGUGCCCGCCCGCCACUAAAUAUUUUUUUCUUGCUGUACCAACACCCCAGCUGAGGAACUGGAAGCAUGACAAAUUGGAAAGCGUCUGGAGUUUGCACUGCCUAGUGUGUGCCUUAUUUCAACCGUCAUAUGAAACUCUGAAAGAUGAAGCAGGCUCUUUUUAUUUACUUCUUGUGACACUCGACAGGCUCAAAGUUAGGGUGGGUGCUAACCACUGAGGUCAGUGACCUUGAAGCAUUAAAAUAUAUAAAUCUCAAUGCCAGUCUGUCUUUUGAAAACAUAUCUUUGUAUGUCUCUAACCUUGGCCAAAAAGAAAUUUCAGUUUGAGAAACAUUAAGUAUUUUUAGAAGCUACACACCCCUCUUUCUGGGUGGUUGUCUGGCGAGAAAUGUCUCACGCACUUGGAAUAUUGUAGAGAUAUUUAAAACGUAUUAAUGCCCUGUUAUUGGGGAAGUUAGUCUCUGCCUGAGCAGCCAGCAGACGAAUGAAAAAUUUGACGAUACCGCCUUCAAUCUUUGAAAUGCAAAAACAAACAAACAAAUAAUGCGAGUCCAACAAUUUGUGGUGCCAAGUGUUGUCUUACUCCCUGUGAAGGUGCUGAUAUAACGAAGCCUGUUCUGUUCCAACUUUAAAAAAAUGUUCUCUAAUAUGGUCAUAACAUCUUAUGUAUUAUGUUGUGUAUUUGAUGAUCAUUUUUUCUACCUUUUUAUACGAAGCUUUGCUUGAGUUGAGAUUGCCUCCGCAUGGGUUUAUGGAUCCAUAAUGAACAAGGCCAUUCUAGGCAGUGCCCGUCACUAAGGUGUAUAAAGAAUGACAUGAUUUGUUUUUAUUUCCUCCUUUCAAAUAUGUGAACCCACUUUGUGGAUGUCUUUUGUUGUUACGUUCUCAUUUCUCGACAAGAGAAGCUGGAUUCUCAUGUCUGGCCAACACAGUAUACGUUAUCUGACUGCAGUAAAUGGAGGUUUUGCUGAAGCUUUAUAAGGUUUCCGUGGCAGUCUGCCAUAUUUUGAGCAGGAUGUGUAGACUGGAGAAGGCCCCCUUCUUUCUCUCCCAGAACUCUUGUCCAGUCCUCAAACCUCUCGGUGCAACUCUGACCCCAGCUCACCUCUGCCUUUUUUUCUCAAAUGUGUUGUGACAAAAGCAAAGACCAUAUGCAAACUGGCAAUGACAGGUUAGCACUUGGACUACUGCAGAGAGAGAAAAACCAACGCUACCUCAGCUUAAUUUAUUUUAAUGCGGUAACUGUUUACUGGGUACAAAAACAGUAUUUUCUCCCCUCCCCCAAAAUACUGUUUCAACAUCAACAGCAGUAUCACCGAAGGUACCAGAUCAGUCAAACCACGGCUGCUGCAGUAAUCCAACAGUAGUUUAUAUCUCUCCCCGAUUGUUAUGUAUGUUUGCAUUUGAGCCAGAUGAUGAUUGCAUAAAUUGUAAGAAUAUUUGAUAAACUGUACGUUUAAAUAUUUAGUUUCAGGAACAUUUCUACUCACUGAGGAGAUAAUCCUAGACCUGCUCCUUUUUUCAUAUUUUCAACCCAUAGGCGUUAAAGAGAACAUUUUCUGCCUCCUCUCACAUCCAUCGCCUUUUUGAUUCUUUCAGAUUUUCAUCUCAUGAUUCUGAUUAUUUAUUCUUAAACAUGUUUUACAUCUAAUAUUCAGUCAAUAGUGUUUUUGUAUUGUUUGUAAUUGAACUAAUCGGGAGGCAUCACGCGUCCGUUUUUUUUUUUAACCGUUUUGCUGAACUGCAUAGCGUUUGUGUAGCAUGUCUAUUUGGCGUGUACGGGGGAAUAAAGGGUUUACAGGUCUCUCAGGUUCAACACGCAACAACAUGCCCUUUCAGCUUUUCUAUUUAUUUCAUUGCUCUGGUGCUUUCUUUGUUCAUGUGGUUACCGACUGUGGCAUACUGGAAGAGACUAACAUUACGAUGGAUGUGGAUAUUUAAUGAAAACAGAGUCCGUCUAGUUCAUCACAGAGAAACAGGACCAGACUAACCUUCUUUUGAUGUUUUCCACUUUGUCUCCUCUUUCUGCCAAAAUAAUUAUUUUUUAUGAAUUAAAAAAAAAACACUUAUGGAAAUAAAAUGGGUAGUUAAAUGUCAUACAUUGUGAUCUUCCUUUCUUAUUAUAAAUUGUAGCCAGUUUGGACUAAUAACCAAUUUUUGUCUGGUAGUUGAGACUACUUAGUCCAGUAUGCAGAAGGAAAGGGUUUGUUCUAUCCAGAAUGUCUUUGCCCCCCUUCCCCCUCCCCCCAGUUUAUUUAGUCGAGACCUUCAUUGCUUCGUCUGUUCUGUUUGUUUGUGUAUUUAACACACCUGUUCGCAAUUGUUACUUUAGUGUAAGUUAUAUUUGAAAUGAAACAUUUACUGUAUUUCUCAAAUAAACUGCUGUGAUAUACUUGAAUAAAAGGUUCAAAGGUU